UUCGAUUCACACACGUAAUUUAAAGGGCUGAUGCACGCGUCAUAUUCUGUAGAAUGUCGAUGUUAAUGGACAAAUUCGGAGGGUAAAAGUUUUACAUUUCACUUACUAAUGGGUACGUGCUAUGUUUGAUAUCGUACAAAAAUGAUUAUCUCAGCUUUAAAUAAUGAUACAGUAAAACUCCUAACAACCACUCAAGUUAUAACUUCGAUAUCUAGUGCUACAAAGGAACUAAUAGAAAAUGCAUUGGAUGCUGAUGCUAAAAAUGUCGAGAUUAACUUGACAGAUAAUGGAUGUACCUUAAUAGAAGUGAAAGAUGAUGGUUGUGGUAUUUCUAAGUUAGAUGCUCCUUAUGUUGCUUUAUCAUCAUAUACAUCUAAAAUUCGUGACUUUUCUGAUUUAGCUAUUUUAAAAACAUAUGGAUUUCGUGGUGAAGCUCUGUGUGCAUUGUGUGCAGUAUCAGAUGUUACAAUCAUAUCAAAAGCAGAACAGGAUGAAGCUGGUGUAUCCUAUACUAUUAAUCAUUCUGGACAUAUUAUAAAAUCAGAAUUUUGUCAUAGAUCUAAAGGUAGUAAACAAAUAUACACCCUAUAUGUAACUGUGCAAGUUAGACAAUUAUUUAAACAAGUACCAGUGCGAAGACAAAUAAUUACAAAUCCAAAGAAAGCUAAUCAAGAUAUUAAGAUAUUGGAGUAUUUAAUAAAAAGUUAUGCAAUGUGCAAGUUUUUUGCGCGGAUAACUUGUAGACUAAAUAAUAAUGUUAUAUUUGCAAAACCUAGUGUAAAUACUUUUGAAGAAGCAGUUACAUAUAUCCUUGGUAAAAAGGUGACAUGUAAUAUGAACUGGAUAGACAUUACAGAUACAGAAAUUAAAAUGAAAUUAAUGAUACCUUUAAAGGAUACAUAUGAUUCAAACAUGCUUGAAGUAUUUCAUUCUGGUUUGCAGUAUAUUUUUGUAAACAAUAGACCUAUUAAGCAUAAGGAAUUAGAAAAGGCGUUGACUAAGACAAUUUUGGAAGCAUUAGGACAGGAAUCAUUGUCAAGAAAAAAGCCAAUAUUUGUUUUGUACAUUUUAAUAAAUGCUGCAAACAUAGAUAUUAAUCUAGAACCAAAUAAAACUUCUAUUUUAUUUAAAGAUCAGAAUAUAAUCAUCAACACAAUAGAAAAGUACCUAGAAAAUUUUUAUGGAAUUCAAAGAGAAGUACAACAAGAAACAAAUUGUGAUAUUUCUUUUGCUAGUUACCAAGAUUAUUCACAAAAAGCAAAUAUUAGUAAUGCUGAAAAUGAGUUGCCUGCAUGUAAGAAACAAAAAUUAAACACAGGAGGAUGUGUUGAAAAACUUAUUGGAAAGAUCGUAAAUGUCGAUGAAAAUGCAGCAAACAAUUUAAAUUUUAAUGGAACUAAUAAUUUUGAACGUGUAGAGCAAGUGCAAAUUUCUACAAAUGGACAAAUUCAUCAAGACAAAAAUGCUAAAAAGUGUGAACAAAAUGUAGAAAAAUUCAAUACUCAAUCUUUAAAUUUAUGCAAUUCAGGUUCAAAUGAUUUGCAAAAUGUUACAUUGAUUUAUAAUAAUAAUAAUUCUUCUUGUAUUUCAGUUGAUACAUCUGCAAAAGGAGAUACCGAAGAUAGUCCGCCUUUUGAACUAACGCCAACUGUUGAAACACUCAGUCAAUUACCAAUUGUAAAUUUGGGCAAUGGUUUUGAAUGGGAUAACUGUUCCACUAUAGAUACGGAUGAGAAAGAAAAUAAAAUACAAAAUACAAAUUUCGAAGUUUCAGAUAAAGAAAAUAAACUAAAUAUGAAAAACCGUGUUCUAUUAAAUGAAUGGAGUAAGGGUCAUGUGUUUGGUUUGAAGGGUGGUACGAAUAUAGAAUCUUCUAAUUAUAUAGAGCCAAACGAAUUAGUAAAUGUUGAUACACAUGGAAAUGUAUGUCAUGGUUUUCUUAAAUUUUCAAAAAAUGUUAGGACACAAGUUAUGGAGCAAAAUCCUACAAUGACAGCACCUCAAGCUGCCCAUAUAAUAACUAAUCUGUGGAAAAAAUUGUCACCUGAAGAACGUGGCUUUUAUAAAGAUCUCGCACGUGACGAGAAAUCAGAAUAUGAUAUACAAAAGCAAAAAAUGAAAGACAAAUGUACAAUAGAUAUCAACAAAAACAAAAAUAGACUAUUAAAGGCAUUGGAAAAAAUGAAAGUAAUGAAUCUUCAAGAAAAAGAAAAUUCAGAAACGAGAACUGUUGUACCUUGGAAUGUAAAUUUAAAGAAAGUUACUGAAAAUUUUAUAGAUAAUCCUUUAUAUGAAAAUACCAAUUCUGUUGUUGGUCUUAUGUGUUCAAAUUUAUGGAUUGUUCACGAAUCCGCGCAUAUUUGGAUUGUAGAUAUUAGGAUGCUUAGGAAAGAAUUACAUAAACCUGAUAAAAAUACAAAUGAGAAUAUUGCUGAGAAUAUUGAACAACUUCUGCAUCAGUGGUUUUCAAUAAAAGAUGAUCUGUCAUUGUUACAUCCCAUUUAUUCAUUAAAACAAAUUAGAAAUAUUUCUUAA